AUGACUGAGCAAAACGUUGGUGCCGUCGUUGCCCUGUCGCCCCCUGCUGAGGGCGACAACAUCUGGGAGGCCAAGCAGGUUGAACUUGUCCGCAACCUGCCCCCCAGCAAUGGCGAGGGACGCAAAGCGAUCGACUGGAGCUUCGGUCCGGUCAAGAUUACCGGCUACAUUGAUACUAACACGUUUGAAGUCGGUCUUACUAUCUCCAUCGUCGGCAUCAACGUCGGCAACAUCUUUGGCAACCUCAAGGACGGCGUCGGUCUCAAGAUCAACCUCCUGGCGGCCACGGGCGAGAUUCGAUUCUACCUCAAGAACGGCAAUGAGGUUUGGGUCCAUCUCGACGUUAAGAUUGUGUUUGAUGGCCACUACGAGGGCGAUUACAAGAUCAUUACCAUUUGA